CAGGAAACCUCAUUGUUUUCUACUUUCUCUUUACACUAUAUAAGCAUGUAUCCUCUCCCUCAAUUCUUCAUCAAUUCUCUCCAUUAUUCUUUCUAUUCUGUUCUUGAGAAAGUGAGGAGUGCGAUGGUGCUGUCCGGAGAAGUUGAGGUCGCCAGAGCAAGCCAUGGUGUUCGCCGGAAGUUUCGCCGUUUUUCCGCCGGAAUCAUCGUUUCACUUCAAA